UUCAACGGCAGUGAUAGGCUUUGCCCAUGUUUCUUGAGGAUUCAUGAAGCUCAUAAAGAUUCAAACUUGAGCACUGAGCAGCGACUACUUACUUCCCCAGCUCAAACCCGCUUCCCAAGCCCCCCAUAUCUUACUCCAAGACUCCCUCCCUCUCUUCUUCUCUCUCCUCUCAGGUAUCUUUCUUUCUCUAUGCUCACCUUCUUUCUGGGAUUUUCUUCAAGUUACUAGACUUUACACGGGACCCAACUUUCUGUUGAAAAAAUGGCUACUUUUCUUUCACAAGUUCAUGAUUUAUUGUGUGCCCUUUUAGUCUAAUGGUGGAUAAUGUCUUGUCACCUAGUCUUUGGAGCUGUUCAAAGUUGAAUCUUUACUCUCAGAAGAUUCUGGGUUUGGACUGAUUUCGAUUGCCGGUUUUAGAAUUGAAUAUUUGAAUGGAUCCAAGGCUAUAUGGGUUUUCGGGUUCUUGGAAUGGAGUUGGGGUUGGGAGCCAAUCCUUGCCCUUUUUCCCAGAUCCUCCUGUUAGUAAUAGAUUCAAUUUUGAAGAUGUUUAUCAAGAUCGGGAACUGAUUGAUGGGCCUAGAACUGAUAAUUCAUUGGGUGGGGGGCACAAUUUUGAGGGUUCCCAUGAUCCUUUAUCAAGAAAUGUGGCAUUGACUUCUAAUCAGGAUGAUUACGAGGAUGAUGAUUUCUCGGAUGCGGAUUUGAGGUAUAUAAACCAGAUUCUCAUGGAAGAAGAAAUGGAGGACAAGACAUAUAUGCUUCAAGAAUCUUUGGAGCUUCAAGCUAAAGAAAGGUCAUUCUAUGAGGCGCUUGGUAAGAAGUACCCGCCCACGCCAGAACGAAAUCCAUCUCUGGUUCACCAAAUCAGUUCGAGUCGAGGCGACUAUGAAGCUGAGAAUCACCAAAUUUACAUAACCAAUAGCGGUCCGGGUCCGGGUAGCAGCUCGAUAAUUAACCAAAGUAAUGGGAGUCUAGGUGAAUAUGAAUCCGAGAAUCAUCACAAUUACUACUACAUAACGGGUAGCAACGAGGGGAGCAGUUAUCUAAUUGACCCCGGGUCGAUCAACGUUACUGGUGAUUACAUUAGUCCUUAUUUGCACGGUUUUUCGGUUCCUAAUGGCUCCAACUCAUCGGUUAGCUCCUCGAAUAGUUUUAACAAUAGAGUAGAUGGCUUUGUUGAAUCCCCGGUGAGCUCUUUUUGUAUCCCUAAUAUAUAUAGCGAGAGCCAGCCUAUCUGGAAUUUCAAGAAGGGGGUUGAAGAAGGGAAUAAAUUUCUCCCGACUAACGAUAAGUUGUUGGCAAGUUUUGAUGCCAAUCAAUUGGUAACCGAGGAGCCAACACGAGAAACCAGUGAGAAGUCUCUAAGAGUGAGAAAGAAUCCUCAUAGAGAAGAUUUGGAAGACCAGAGAAGUAGCAAGCAGGCUGCAAUUUUUGCAGAAUCGACAAUCCGGUCCGAGGAAUUUGACAUAGUAUUACUUCAUAGCAUGGGGAAGGGCGAGGAAGCUUUAGCAGCGUAUCGUCAGAACUUGCAGAGUGCUAUUGGGAAAAAAAUACAGCAGAAUGGGAACUCGAAAGGUCCCGGGGGAGGGAAGGGCCGUGGGAAAAAGCAGAACGGGAAACGAGAUGUGAUUGACUUGAGGACGCUUUUGAUUACUUGUGCACAGGCCGUUGCUGCUGAUGAUCGUAGGGGUGCGAACGAACUCCUGAAACAGAUCAGGCAGCAUUCCUCGCCUUUCGGGGAUGGGUCUCAGAGGUUGGCUAAUUGCUUUGCAGAUGGUCUCGAGGCUCGGUUAGCUGGGACGGGCAGCCAGAUAUAUAAGGCCCUUGUCAACAAAAGAACAUCGGCUUCUGAUUAUUUGAAGGCCUAUCAUUUAUACCUUGCCUCGUGCCCUUUCAGGAAGAUUUCGUGUUUCGCCUCGAACAAGACCACCAUUAUAAAAUCUGCAAAUUCUAUGAGGGUUCAUAUCAUAGAUUUUGGCAUCCUCUAUGGCUUUCAAUGGCCAACUCUUAUUCAACGUAUUGCUGACAGAGAUGGUGGGCCACCUAAAGUUCGGAUUACGGGCAUCGAGUUUCCCCAACCUGGCUUCAGGCCAGCAGAAAGAAUCGAGGAGACUGGGCGCCGUUUGGCUGAUUAUGCAAAGUCGUUUAACGUGCCAUUCGAAUACAAUGCCAUAGCAAAGAAAUGGGAAACUAUCACCCUCGAGGAUCUUAAGCUUGACAAGGACGAAUUUCUCGUUGUCAAUUGCUUGUAUCGAUUCAAGAACUUGCAUGACGAGACUGUGCUGGCUGAAGGGUCUAGAACUCUUGUUCUCAAUCUUAUAAGGAAGAUAAAUCCCGACAUCUUCAUCCAUGGGAUUGUCAAUGGAGCCUAUAGUGCCCCUUUCUUUGUAACUCGGUUCCGUGAGGCCCUGUUCCACUUCUCAGCUCUCUUCGAUAUGCUUGAAACCAACGUGCCUCGUGAUAUUCCAGAACGGAUGUUAAUCGAGAGAGAGAUAUUUGGAAGGGAAGCCUUGAAUAUCAUGGCUUGUGAGGGCUGGGAGAGAGUUGAAAGGCCUGAGACAUACAAGCAAUGGCAAGUACGUAAUCUGAGGGCGGGCUUCACUCAAAUACCUUUCGCAAAUCUAAUCAUGAACAAAGCAAGGGAUAAGGUGAGAACAGGCUACCACAAAGACUUUGUGAUCGAUGAAGAUGGCCAGUGGCUAUUGCUCGGAUGGAAAGGGAGAACGAUUUACGCCAUUUCUUGCUGGGUUCCUGUCUGAAAAACUCGAACCCGCCAAAGUUCCCCUCCACCAUAGUUACAAGUACAAUUUAGCGCCCAGAAGGUAACUAUGCCAAUAUUCGGUCAAGUUCUAUUUCUGUUGGUAAUUAUCUAUUUAGCAGCUUUAAGAAUCCAUCUUGGACAUGGAUAUAAAUGGUCUGUUCUGGAGUAUUUGUCUUCUCCAUCUGUUGAUUUCCCAAGAUAGGGAAAUAGAAUUUUUGUCCAAAUACUAAUCAAUCCAAUCCCCCUUUAAUAAAUCUCUACUUAGUCA